UUGGACCAGACGCCUUCUUCCAAUUCUAAGAGUUGGUCUGGGUUCUUGAGGGUGACCCUGGGUUCUUGGAGGUGGUUUGGGGCAUAUGGUAGCAAGGAUGGCCCACGGAACAUGCUAGGCAACUGAAGCCUGAGAGAGCCACCCCCCCAGCCCACUGGGCCUCCCAGGGGACUCCCUGGAGCUGGGAGGAUGGAGGCACCUUCCCCUCCCCCCCCCAGCAGGGGCUACAGCUGCAUCAGCGCCACCCCCGCUGGCUCUAGUGUGGAACCCCAGGCUUUCUGAUUUCUCUUUAACUCUUAACCCUUUCAAAGAGCAUGUUAGGAAAGUGGGCGUAGCGCAGCCAGGUCUCUGGUGGAAACCUGUGGGUGGCAAAUUUUACCAACUCCUCAUCAUUUCCUUCCCUCCUCCUCUGACCCAAGCCCCCAGCAGCUGUGGGCUCCAGCAGCAGGAGUGGCCAAUCCCCAACCCAGGCCCUGACCCCCAAAGACCCUGUCCUGGUCCUAACGUCCAAGACGAGUCUCUCAUUCACAACUGAUUGAUCUGGGGUGCAGAGAGGGCAAGGGAUUUGUCCAAAGUUACUCAAAGUUUCCAAGAUCCAGGGCUCCAUUCCUGAUUCCUGGUGACUGGGUCCUGUCUGGGGGAGGGUGAAGUGAAAAGGGCCUGGUGGAUGCCUGGAGGACCUCGGGUCCUUGGGCCUAACUACCCCACCUCUGCCCCCACCCACUCCCUAAACAUAACCUUAGACAAGAUUCAAGGUCUGGCUAGGAGGGGGUGGAGGGGCCUCCUUGCGGUAGUGGUGGAACCCAGUGAGGAAACGCUGAGUUAGCAGCCCCAGAAAAGGUGUGGGCUUGUCUUCAAGGUCCCAGGAUGCUAGCCCCAGUGUGUACCUCUCUGCAUCCUGCCUUUCAAAGUGAUGUGCGGUUCUUGGUGGGCCAAGACCGGAGGGAAGUGUUGGCCCAUCGCUGCCUGCUGAGCUCCCGUUGCGACUACUUCCGCCAGCUCCUGAGUGCUGAGAACCCUGUGGGGGGUGCCCCAGAGGAGCCUGUAGUCCUGGCUGAUGUACCCCCUGAGGCCUUUUUAACGGUGCUGGAGUUCCUCUACACCAAUAGCAUCACCUUGGACAGGCGCACAGUCCUGGAAGUGCUGAUUUCAUCGCUGGAAUAUGGGCUGUCUGAGCUUCGAGAGGUAGGGGGAUGGGGAGGCAGGCUGGCAAUGCCAGGGAUGGGCAGAGAAUAUUCCCUGUACAACUGGAGCCUGAGUAACAUGGUCUUGAAGAGUGAGGACCACAGACUUAAGCUGUGUGUGGAAUUUGUGGUGCAGAACCUGGACAUGGAGCUGGUCUGUGAGGCCCUGCAGGUGGCAGUGACCUUCGGGUUGCGGCAGUUGCGGGAGAAGUGCCUGAAUUUCAUCGAGCGUCAUGCCCAGGACGUGCUGAGGACCCCAGCCUUCCACGAGCUCUCCCCGGCCGCCUUGUUAGCAGUGCUGCACAGUGACCACCUGGCAGUGGAUGAGGUCGAGCUUGUGGCUGCCACCCGCCACUGGGCAAGGGUCAGCUCGGCGGUGCUGGAGCAGCCGAUGGGCCAGGUGGCGCAGGCCGUAGUGGGAGAGCUGCGACUACCUCUGCUGUCCCCUUCCGAGCUGAGUUCGCUGGAGGAGCAAAACCGGGUCGAGCCUUUCAUACCGAUGGAGCAAAUUGCCGAGGCCUGGAAGUACCACGCCCUGAGCCGGGGAGAAGCGACCCGGGGCAUCCAGGGCCGCCGCCGAAAGGGGACCGCGCCCCGAGAGCACCACCGUUUCCUGGAAUUGCUGCCCAAGUGAUCGAGCUCUGGAGACUCCCCCGCCUUGCUCUGAACUACAGCUGCCGGCACCCUCUGCGCCAACGGGCGCUGCAGCUCCCGGCAUCCUCCAUGCUGUACCUCCCCGCCCCGUUUUGAACACCUAGACCCAGGAUUACGGCUUCCACCACCUUCUUCGGGCUCUUUGACCCGGACUGGAGCUAGGCCAUAAUAAAGACCUAAGCAUGCGGCUCCCCUCUCCCCGAUCUCUCAGCGCCAGGUCCUUUAUUCACUGCCUGCAACCAUUCUCAGGAUUUUUUAUCUCUUCCUCCUCCCCCCAGAUGCAGAUGACUUGCCCAAGAUCACCCAGCUAGUGGAUGGCAAAGACAGGAUUCGGAACCCUAGUGUUUGGUCCUCUAGCCCAGAGCUGUCCCCUUGUUUCGCUACAUUCUUUCUAGCUUGUCAAAGCCCAUGAACUCAAUCACUAUUUCUACGCAGAUGACUCCCAGAUCUAUACACGCACUCCUCAACCUCUCUCCUCAGUCCCAGUCCCGAAUUACCUUGUCGACACAUCUCCAUCUGGAUGUCCCCUAGGCAUCUCAAGUUCGACAUGACCCGAACUGAACUCGUUAUCUCCCCUUCCCCAACCCCCUCCAGGACAUCAUCUUCCCGUCACCUAGACUUAGGAGUUCCGUUGUAAUCUUUGACUCCUCUCUCCCUCCCUCACCAUAACCAACCCAUCAAGUCUUGCAGUGCCAUUAUCCACAUUUCCGGAACCUGCCCUCUCUUUUCUUAAGUAAAUUUUAUAAUCAGCUCCGUAUCGUCUAGAAACCAAAAAUAAAGUUAAGGCAGCGCUAAAACCAUAAAAUCCAGACCGGUGUCAAUGGAAGGAGACCCGUCUAUUCUGAUGAGAAUAGAGUGAGAUGGUACCAAACAGCCCACAGCAAAGCCCCGCCCCCGGGGCCCAGGGCCUCUCUCCAGCUCCCUCCAGUCUGCGCUGUCAGGUUCCUGCUUCUUCGGCUACCGGGUUCUCCUCUUGGCCUAAUUGCAUGUUGAGUCUUCCUCCUAUGCCCUUCCACGUAUCGGUUUUACGUAUUUGUCAUUUUGUCUGGCACAGUAAUAAUAUUCCCUGACGCUCACAGGCCUCUCGAUUCAGACAUUCCGCUGCUGGGCACGUGGGUGGGUUCCAUUUUUUCAUUAUUACGAAUAAAGCUACUAGGAAUA